AUGGAAAUAAAUAUGAAAAAUUUAUGUAUCGAAUUGAAUGAUUUACCUGAUGAAAUUCUUUUGAUUAUAUUAAAAAAACUUGACAAUCUUGAAGUACUUUAUUCUUUUCAAGGAGUCAAUGAACGAUUUAAUAAAAUUAUACAUGAUCCAAUAUUUACAAGUCGUUUAAACUUUCUCAAAUGGUCACCCAAUAAAUUUAUCAGUAAAUUUUCUGAUAUAAUAAUUGAACAAUUUUGUUCGAAGAUUUUACCUGAUAUUCAUAUGAAAAUUAAAUGGCUAGAUCUUGAAUCAUCAUUUAUGAAAAAUAUUCUACAUGUUGCCGAUUAUCCUAAUUUAUAUGGACUCGGUUUAUAUAAUAUCGAAGAAGAGACAGCUAAAUAUAUUUUUACUGGUAAGGAAAUCUCAAUAGAAUUAUUUUAA